GUCGAGUUCGUCGGCCUGCAUCGAGGUUUAGUGGGAGUGGUUGGAAAGGUUCUCACAGAUUGGUCUGUACCACAUAACCUUUUGACAUCUAUCUCCAACAAUUCUCAUCACUCGCCACUAUCCUGGAAACUUACCAUUGGAGGUGAAAGUAUCAAGAAAACAUGACGACUCAACCUACUGGCUCACUUUUCGCAUCCGAUUACACUCUCACAGUCCCAUCCUCCCCAAUUCCAGCACGUCGUCCCCAGCUUCAUCCGAGCUCUUCAUCUAAAGUCGGUCUUCCUACCCCUUCACCAGAACGAAAAGGACUCGAUGUUGUUUUUCACGCCGAUGGUUUGGCUUUGUCGCCGGGAACGAAACAUCUGACGGCGUCGUUACACUCAAGUCACUCAGGACAUUCUAGUCAUGUGGGGCUCAUCACUCCUCCUAUUUCCCCAAUGAGUGAGAUGCCUCCUCUCUCACCGGGAGCAAUCUAUUCUGGGCAUUCCCCUCGACACUACUUCCCAUCCCAGCUGAGUCACUUGAGGGAGGAGGAGAAUCUUGAGGAGGAAGAAUCGGACCACUCAAGGGAUGGAGAGGUCGAUCCUCUGGAUGUAGAGUGGGCAGGCCCGUCGAAGGGGUCAAAGAUCUCGGGGGAUAAGUACAAGGACUAUGAUUCGUGCAUGGAAGUGCCUUCGGUCACGCAGUCAAAGCCUCCACUUACUCCGUCGGCAGCGACAAGGCCCAUCAUCAUCUCUCACGAGCUGACGAGCUAUUCGUCCGUGGUCUUCAUUUACAACCGAU